AAAAUGGACUUCCUGGUGCAGCGUACUACAGCUCCCAGCAAACUUCGCGCAGCCGGAAGCAUCCUCGGUCAAAGAGAAAGGGACGAAGAAGCAGGUGAAGAUGAUUAAGAGUAAAGUUGACGAGGAAGACUACUGGCACAGCUCCAAGUUUAAAGCGUUCACCUUCGAUGAUGAAGAUGAUGAGUUAAGCAGGUUGAAGGAGUCUCGGCAGGCCGUAAACAAUAUACGGCGGCUGGUGGAGGAAGACGAUGACGAAGAUGAUGUCGAGAGGGUCAGCUGGAGUGGCGAGCCAGUCGGCAGUAUUUCCUGGUCCGUUAAAGAGACAGCUGCCUCCAGUCAGAGGGCAGAUAGAGAGCCUGCCUUCCCCAAAAUUAGCACUGACACGCCAUCGAUCAGUAGGAGCCAAUCAGGAUACUCGCUGAGCUCUCUAUUCAAAGGAAAACCUAAGGUAGGGAACUUCCAGACCUUCAGUGACGCACUUACUGACUCGUCUGUCAGGCUCUACGCUCCUGAGCUCCGAAAACCAAAGUCUGAGUACAAGGAUUAUGUCAGUGAUUGGUCACCUGAAGAGACGGUUCAGAGACUCCAGCAAGGAAAGGCUGUGUCUCUGGAGAGGUUCCGCACACUGCAGGACAAACUGCUGCUGCUCGAUCACGCCAUUGCUGCUCAUGAUGGAAACGUCAUCACGGCUGUUUUAAUCUAUCUAAAGAGGACGCUCUGUAAAGAGGUUUUGUUUCGAGAGCUGGAGUCCAGGCAGACAGCUCUCAGACACUUCAUCCACUACCUGAGUGAGACCCAAAACCAGAGGCUGCUACUGGAACUGCACAGAGCACUGGGCAGAGCUGAGGAUGCGGCGCUGCUUCAGUAUAAGGAACACUUGAGCAUCACAGAUGAAAACAAAAGACGGGACUUCCUGAAGAACUGCCUUAGCCUCCCAUUUUCUGCUGAGGACCUGGCCCAUGUUCAGGAUCACUACACUCUAUUGGAAAGGCAGAUCAUCAUCGAGGUGACAGACCGGCAGGCUGAGCGUGGAGGGAAGGUGGAAAUUUUCCAGAAGUUUCCCAGAAAAGCUUUGAUCCUCAACAUGCCGCUGAUCACCACGCUGUACUACUGCUGCUUCUACCACUACGCUGAGCCAGAGGGGACCUUCAGCAGUCCGUUAAAUAUCCGUCAGACCUUUAAGAUCUCAGAAAAGCAGUACUUUGUGACAGCUUUGGCUGCAAGGGCGAAGCUGAAGGCAUGGCUGGACGUGGACGCUCUGUUUGCCAGCAGGAAUUGGCUCGGGUUCACCAGGAAGAAAUCACCACUGAGCUUCCAGCGAGUUGUUGACAUCCUACAGAAGAACUCCGCCCCCACACACGUGCUGCAGGACUACGUGGCACUCGUGGACGACGGAGAGUUGAGGCUCACUUUGGCUCAGAAACAUAAAUGUCACGACAUCGUCAUCAGUACAUACCGGGACAUGAAGGACCGGCAGCUGCUGCUGGGAUACCGUGGGAAGGUGGUGAGGGGCUCAGCGGAGGAGAGGAAGAUUGAUGACCUGCUCAGCAACCCGCAAAUUCGCUGGAAAAACUAACAUGGCUGUCACCAUGGCAACAUGAAUGUCCUUCCAGCCCAUCUGUGGCUGUCUGAAUCGAUGUAGCUCUGCCUACAUACCCAGGAAGGGGGAGAGUCAUGACUCUGAUGUUCCUUUGAAAACAGGAAGUGACUGUAUUGAUGUGAGAAAGAGUGGACGGAGUUAUUUCUUCAUGUUUCAUCAGAUAAUUGGACACACCUCUGACAUUAAUUCUGACAUCAUCACGCCAAAUAAAAUAAAAACACAGAUUGAUGCUUCAGGACAGCAUGCUGGCAUACGGAUGCUGCUGCCAUAUUUGUCCGAGAAUGUAUGUGUGCUCUCAAAUGUUCAGGUUGCCACCUCUCAUAGACAGAUCUGUCCUAAAGUGAUCGGGUUUGAAGUUUGUCUAAAAGUUUCCCAAGUAAAACAAAAAUCCAAAAGCUGUGAUCAAUCCCAUGUUUCUGUUAACAUGAAGAGCAGACUGAUGUAUUAAAUAUUCCUGUACUGUGUGAGAAAAUAAAUCAUAACUUUUAAUUAAGAGACAUCAGAAACAGCUGAAUUUUGCUUAAUGGAUUUUUUUAACCUUUUAUUUGUUCACAAACAUAAAGUGCAAAAUAAACACAAACAUCCCCAAAACCCAUCUGUCUGUUACAAACAGCCAAUAAACAUUUAUAUAUCAA